UGUAUAUUGUUUCACAUCUCUCCAUCUAAAAAAAAAACACUUUCUCUUCACCUAAGUUUCUGCUAAGCUACUCUCAGAUUCAAGUAUUCUUGAUUCAAAACCCAUAAAUCAAGAACUGUAGUUUGUGAAAAGAUAAGAUGAAGAUACAGUGUGAUGUGUGUGAGAAUGCUCCGGCGACGGUUAUCUGUUGCGCCGACGAAGCAGCUCUUUGUCCUAAAUGCGACGUCGAGAUUCACGCCGCUAACAAACUCGCUAGCAAGCACCAACGCCUCCAUCUCGAUUCUCUCCCCACCAAGUUCCCUCGUUGCGAUAUCUGCCAAGAGAAGGCAGCUUUUAUUUUCUGUGUUGAGGAUAGAGCUCUGCUUUGUAAGGACUGUGAUGAAUCCAUCCACUUAGCUAAUUCUAGAUCUGCGAAUCACCAGAGGCUUUUAGCUACUGGGAUCAAAGUGGCUCUUAGCUCAAGUAGCUGCAGCAAAGAAACGGAGAAGGAUCAUUCUGAGGAGAUUCCAGCUAAAACCCUAAGCCAGAAGCAGCCUUCUUCUUCUGCUACUACUCCUCUUCCGUGGGCUGUUGAUGAUUUAUUUCACUUCUCUGAGUUCACCGAUAAGCAGAAAGGACAGCUUGAUCUUGGGGAGUUUGAGUGGUUUUCAGACAUGGGUUUCUUCGGUGAUCAGGCUCUUCCUGCAGCUGAAGUUCCAGAGCUUUCUGUUUCGCAUAUGGGUCAGGUUCAUUCAUACAGACCGAUGAAGUCAAACGUUUCAUACAAGAAGCCUAGGUUGGAGAUCAGAGCUGAUGAUGAUGAUGAUGAUGAUGAAGAGCAUUUCAUUGUCCCUGAUCUAGGUUAAAAGCUAUAUGUAAUGUAAGCUAUGUGUAGACUUAUCUAUAGUAUCGUCAAAGUUGAGUAAGCUAUGUUGAAAGGUUACUACAGUUUUUUGUUUUUGUCUGUCCGAAUCUCUGUGAGAUGUUUGUGUUUGAGUUUGUUCAUAUACCUAUUGGUAUUUGCCAUUGUACUACAAACUUGAAUCUAGACUUGAAUAAAAGGAGACUUCCCCAGA